CCGCCGCUCCUCCUCCCCGCCAGCCCCGCGUGUAAUAAAACAGCGACCGAGGAAGGGACCCCGGCGCUUCCGCCCGGCCCCCGUUCCCGGAACUACAGCCCCCGGCUGCCCGCGGGGCCGCCUGCUCGCUGUGGGGCCGGGCGGGCUCCGCGCCCGCGGGGGUAGAAGAUGCUGUAGCCAUUACAGUGCCGGCCAGUAUCUUGAAGCACCCGUGGCUUUUUCUGUUUUUUUUUUCCUUACUCUGCCACAGGCUUCCUCAGUGAACUUGGGUUAAAUGGGUUUAUAUGACUUUUCUCCUGCUCUAAAGUGGUUCCAUGUCUUGUUUGGACUGUUCCUGUAUUCUACGUACACCAGUUGUAUCAAUCAGACCAGAAGAGCUAUCUCAGAGCAAUGUUCAUGAAUGCCUGGCUGAUUCUGAUCUAGCCUGGACUACCCCAUCUACAGGAAGGAAUGAAAUGAUAUCUUGCUCUUCUAAUGUCUCUCACUAUGAACUCCAGCUGGAAAUAGGAAGGAAGUUCAACGACUUAACUUCAGUCUACCUUGCACGGCAUACACCUACUGGCACGCAAGUUGCUGUAAGGAUCACAGACCUAGAAAAUUGCUCUGAAGAGCAUUUGAAAGCCUUACAGAAUGAGGUGGUUUUAUCCCAGUUUUUCCAGCAUCCCAACGUAAUGACCAUUUGGACAGUGUUUACAGCUGGUAGUUGGCUUUGGGUCAUAUCCCCAUUCAUGGCCUAUGGUUCGGCUAGACACCUUCUGAAUACUUACUUUCCUGAAGGGAUGAGUGAAGCUUUGAUAGGGAACAUUCUGUUUGGUGCGAUCAGAGGAUUAAAUUAUGUGCACCAGAAUGGCUACAUUCACAGGAAUAUUAAAGCUAGCCACAUUCUGAUUUCAGGGGAUGGGCUGGUUUCUCUCUCUGGCUUAAACAACCUCUACAGUUUAGUUAACAGUGGACAAAAGUCAAAGGUUGUAUAUGAUUUCCCCCAGUUUAGUACAUCUGUGCUUCCUUGGCUGAGUCCUGAACUACUGAGACAGGAUUUGUCUGGGUACAACAUGAAGUCUGACAUUUACAGUGUGGGAAUUACAGCAUGUGAAUUAGCCAAUGGACGUGUUCCUUUUCAAGAUAUGCCUCGCACUCAGAUGCUGCUGCAAAAGCUGAAAGGUCCUGCCUAUUAUCCUUGGGAUAUAAAUACCUUCCCCCGUGGGGAAUCCAGGAUGAAGAAUUCCCGUUCAGGUGUUGAUUCUGGAAUUGGUGAAAGCAUGACACGCACAAUGACCAGUGAAAGACUACAAAUUUCGUUUUCCAAAACGUUUUCGCCUGCUUUCCACAACUUGGUAGAACUUUGCUUGCAACAAGACCCUGAGAAAAGGCCAUCAGCAAGCAGUUUGCUUUCACAUACGUUCUUCAAACAGAUAAAAGAACAAACACAGAAUUCACUACUGCCUCUGUUACCACCUCCUAUUCAAAAUAACAGAUCGGAGUUCUUGGCAGUGCCCUCAACAGCAGCUGGGACUAAACCUGGACAUAUUACUGCAAAUCAAGAUGAUACAGACUGGAAAUUCUAAGUAAAUACGGAACAAUCAUACCUCUCCUAUGCUUCCAAGAAGGAAAAUGUGAUUUAUACUUGCUGCUUUAGUUUGUGUAGUUAAAAUACAAUUAGACAAGGUAUACUUGAAAAUGCCAUGGAAGUGGCUGUAUUUCAUUAACUACUUUCUUUGUUGGCAUCAUGAAGUGCAGCAUGCCUCACUUCCUGACCAUAAGGAAAACUGUAUACAAAGAAUGGAUUAGUUUUAUCUCCCUCCUUAAAUAUAUUUCUUAACAAGACUGUUCCUGCUGAAUAGAGUAAGAUGCAAUCUUACUCUAUUCUGUAUUUUCAGCUCAUAUUGCUUCAGUCCACGUGCCUUUCUGAUUUCAAGCUUGGGUUUUGUCUGUGACCUUACUUAAACAAUCUAUUUGUCUUUGCAUUAUAGAAUCAUAGAAUAGUUUGGGUUGGAAGGGACCUUAAAGAUCAUCCAGUUCCAACCCCCCUGCCAUGGACAGGGACACCUCUCACCAGACCAAGCUGACCAAGGCCCAUCUCUAACCUGGCCUUGAACACCUCCAGGGAUGAGGCAACCACAGCCUCCCCGGGCAACCUGUGCCAGUGUCUCACCACUCUCAUAGUGAAGAAAUUCUUCCUUAUGUCCAGUCUAAAUCUGCCCCCUCCAGUUUAUACCCAUUCCCCCUGGUCCUAUCCCCACAAGCCUUUAUGAAUAGCCCCUCCCCAGCUUUCCUGUAGGCUGCCUUCAGGUACUGGAAGGUCGUUAUAAGAUCUCCUGUGAGCCUUCUCUUCUCCAUGCUGAACAACUCCAACUCUCUCAGCCUGUCCUUGUAGAGAAGGUGCUUCAGCCCUCUGAUCAUCUUUGUAGGCUUCUUCUGGACCCAUUUCACCAGCUCCAUAUCCUUCUUACAUUGAGGAUUCCAGAACUGGACACAGUAUUCCAGAUGAGGUCUCACAAGAGAGGAAUAGAGGGGCAGAAUCACUUCCCUCGACCUUCUGGCCAUGCUUCUUUUGAUGCAGCCGAGGACACGGUUGGCCUUCUGGGCUGCGAGCGCACGUUGCUGGCACAUAUCGAGCUUCUCAUUGACCAGCACCUCCAAGUCCUUCUCUGCAGGGCUGCUCUCAAGCACGUCAUCCCUCAUUGUGUACUGAAAACAAUGACUGCCCCGACCCAGGUGUAGGAGCUUACACUUGGCCUUGUUGAACCUCAUGAGGUUCGCACAGGCCCACUUCUCCAGUCUGUCCAGGUCCCUCUGCAUGACAUCCCGUCCUUCCGGUGUGGGCAACUACACCACUCAGCUUGGUGUCAUCCGCAAACUUGCUUAGGGUGCACUCAAUCUCGCUGUCAAUAUCAUUGAUAAAGAUAUUAAACAGCACCGGUCUCAGUAUGGAUCCCUGAGUGACACCACUUGUCACGGAUCUCCAUCUGGACUUUGAGCCACUGACCGUUACUCUUUGAAUACAACCAUCCAACCAGUUUCUUAUCCACCUCACCAUCCACCCAUCAAAUCCAUAUCUCUCCGAUUUAGAGAGAAGGAUGUUGUGGGAGACCGUGUCAAAGGCUUUACAGAAAUCCAGAUAGACCACAUCCGUCGGUUUACCUGUGUCCACUGCUGUGGUAACCUCAUCAUAGAAAGCCACCAAGUUGGUCAGACAGGACUUGCCCCUGGUGAAGCCAUGCUGGCUGCCAUUAAUCACGUCCCUGUCCUCCAUGUGCUUUAGCAUAGCCUCCAGGAGGAUCUGUUCCAUGAUCUUCCCAGGUACAGAGGGGAGACUGAGAGGUUAGUAGUUCUCAGGGUCAUCUUUUCUACCCUUUUUAAAGCCGGGCACAAUGUUACCCUUCUUCCAGUCACCAGGGACUUCUCCCGAUUGCCAUGACUUUUCAAAUACCAUGGAGAGUGCCUUGGCAACCACAUCUGCCAAUUCCCUCAGGACUCUGGGAUGCAUCUCAUCAGGUCCUAUGGACUUAAUUUGUUCAGGUUCCUCAGGUGUUCGUGAACCUGAUACUCCUCUACUGUGGGAGGGGGUUUACUCCUUUGGUCACCACCUUGCUGUCCCAUGUGUGACAGUGAAGACUGAGGAAAAAAUGUUGUUGAGCACCUCAGCCUUUUCCUCAUCUGUUGAUAUGUGAUCCCCAUUUCCAGUCAUCAUUUGGGCUGCAUUCUUUGAUCUUCCUCUUUUGAUUGAUGUACCUGUAAGAGCCCUUUGUGUUGGUCUUUACUCCCCUUGCCAAGUUCAGCUCCAGCUGCACCUUGGCCUUGCUGACUUCAUCCGUACACAACCGGGCAGCUUCUCUAUACAAUUGCCAGUUUACCUGCAAACCCCAAAACUGUACUGAGAAUGUAGAUGAAUGCAAGAGCAUGAGUCACAUUUUCAAGUAGCUCAACUUCUUUGGGAAACAUGCAGUAUUAAAAUAGCAUGAAAAACAACGCAUAGCUAACUUCUGGCAAGUGUGACAGCACACAUAGUAAGAAAAAUGAAUUUUGGGAUGUGUGGAAAGAGGAACAUUUGCACGAGCAACUCACUUGUACAGUUUUAAAUUCUGACUUGGAAGUGGAGGAUCCCUCCUUACUGAAAUAAUUUAGGUGAUAUCUCAGUACAGAUUUGGGGUUUGCACCUCCAUUCAUUAUUGUGUCAUUUUAGCAAUUAACUAAGGACCUCUCACUAUGCAAAGGAAGUCUCCAGUUUUAAUAGGUAUGGGUUAAUUUCGAAGAAUCAUCUGCAAGAAUCUAAAAUUACUGUACAUAUUUUUAUUUAUACUGUAUUCCUGUUCACCACCAGAACUUACCAGAACCUAAUACUGUUUUCUUAAAAGAACAAGCAACAUACCUUAAGCUUCACUGGCCCUGCUGCUGGCAAAUAAGCCUCUUCUGCAAACCACAUUUAAAUUCCCAUGGAUAGAUUCAGCCAUAACAAGAAUCUCAUAACUUCCCUAAGAUUGUAGUGAAUUUAUCUAAGUCGGAGUAAAACCUGCCUUUCUUCUUCCUACAGUGCAGUUAAGUUCUCAUAUGUCAUCCUGUACCAGGCAACUCAAGUUGAACAAAAGCUGCUGCUUUAAAAACAGCAUAGUCUCAAAUUGUUUUAGCAAAGUUGUGUCCCAAAACCACUAGAACUUUACUGAUCCAAGUUCUGACUGUAGUAAGAGUGUAUAAGUAGAUAUUGAAUGGAUUUAUUUUAGAUUUUCAACAUUCCACAGUAAGCCUUCAAAUCUUCCAUAGCUGAGCCAGUCUGCAAACAACUUUGGUAAUAUCCCUGAAGAUUAAAUGACCAAAACACAAGCCUGAGACAGACAAAAUUCUAAAUGAGUGCAUAAAAGCAUUAACAAAAAGGUUGAUUCUACUCAUUAUGCUGUGAUGAGAGCUCUAUAUUUCAAAAUCUAAAUGUGAAACGUAAGAGUAAAAACUUUUCAAUAACUUUAAUCCUGUCUCCAUUUAUUUCUGUAAUUCUUGUAUUUUUAUUUUCACCACAGUGAAACCGCUUCACACUGAACAGCUUCUUGUUACUGCAGGAAAGAAGUUUUGUCUUUAUAUCAAUCAUUAGGUAAGAAAAUAGUUGUCUCGACUGGAAAAUUGAUAAUAAAAGUAGUAUAACUUAAUGAAGCACUCUUAGAGAAGAUUUUUACUAGCUACUACAGCUUUCACUGUUUUCAAAUCAAACACAUUAUAUAGCUUUUAUGUGUACAAACCAAGUCAAAUAAGUGAGAACACACCUGAAGUUGUAUGUAUUUUAAUUACAGCUCUCUGAAUAAACAUUCUUUAAAAAAACCCA